UAGAGUGUUUGCACAUAACCGAAGAUACUAACGGCGUUCCAUACUGUUUGAUAGGACGACGCGACGCCAUGUUCGGGUGGAGGAAGUUUGCUUUGUAUGUAGCCUAGGCCUAGUACCUUAGGCCUAGCCUGUUAGGAAUGAAUAAAGAGUGAUGCAGUAGCUGUACAAGUAAACACUGAAGAUGGAAACAAGUAAAGAAGAAAAAGAUUUUGCAGAUCUUAAGAUGGUUGUGUCAGAAUGGUUUGAUAAAAACAUAGACAUCAAUAUGCUGAAAGUUCUGUACAGUGACCAUGUAGGAGAUACUUUUGCAUUGCAUGUGGCUUCUAAAACAAUGGACUUAAUUAAUAUGCUGAUUAGUUUUGGAAAUCUGAGUCCAACUGAUCUCGCCCUCCUUUAUGAUACUAUUAAGGCAACACAGCAAUUUGGCCUGGAACAAGAAAUUAAAAAACAGGUGCCAUCAUUCCAUUUUCCUAAAGAUACAUGGGAUAAUGUAUUUACGGAAUUCACACCGUAUCGGCUAAGACUUGUGCAGCUAGGAAUGUCGCUGAUUCCACGUGAUGUAGAAAGGCUCAGUCAACAUUAUGAUGUAAAACAUACAAACAGCUGGAGUUUGAUUAUGGAGCUAGAAUAUAAAAUGAUUAUUUGUGAAGAAAACAUAAACGAUUUUACCAAAACCUUGAAGAAACUCAAACUCCAACGAGCUGUGAAAGCUCUAACAGAAGAUAUUUCAAGUGUAUUGUUAACCUUUAGAAAAAGACAUCGUGAAGGUUUAAAAGUAACUGUUAAGCGGAAGAUAGAUUCUUCUAAUUUAGAUGAUCAGCCAAAUUCUAAAUAUUUUGUUCAUUUGUUAACUGAACUUCAUAAGUAUAAAAAAGAUAUUGCAGCUUCUAAAGAUAUUUCAAAAGAAAUUUCCGCACCGCUACUUAAAAAGAGUGUCUUACUUUUCCAAAAACUUGCUGUAAUUUUGGAUGAAGUAGAAGAGGGAUCUGUAGUAUUUCAUCUAUCAACACAUGAUCCUGAUGCUUUGAUGAAUUUAUGGGAAGUCCAUUCUUGUGGGAAGCUCAUCAGAGAUUUAGCAAGAAUAUUAGUCCCAGAGAAACAUCAGCAGGAGUUCUUAGAUGAAUGGAUGACAUGCAUCGAUGAAAAUGAAUACAAAGCUGCUCUCAAAAAGUUGAAGGAAGAAGACAUUCCAAAGCCAUCUUCAUACUCAGGACAAGCAAGUGAGACUCAAAAAAGUGAGACAUCUGAUUUACCAUCACCUGCCACCCUUGAAGUAAAACCUGAAAGAUUACCAACUGAUGAACACAAGAGACAGCUAGUGGGAUCAAGUGAAACAAUAAUGGAGACUCAAAAAAGUGACAUGCCUGAUGUGCCAUCCAUUAUGACCUUUAAAGGAUCAUCUGAAAAAAAAUUGUCAAGUGAUGAAAUCAAGGCACAGCUAGAGGGAACAAGUGAAACUAUAACAGAGAUUCAAAAAAGUGACAUGCCUGAUGUGCCAUCCACUAUGAGCCUUGAAGGAACAUAUGAAGAACUGUCAAGUGUUGAAUACAAGGCUCAGCUAGUGAGACCAAGUGAAAAGGAGACAGAAAGUGAGACACAUGAUGUGCCAUCCUCUGCCACCUUUGAAGAUACAUCUGAACAAUUAUCAAGUGAUGAACACAAGACACUGCUAGUGGGAUCAAGUGAAAAGACUCAAAAAAGUGAGACAUCUGAUUUACAGUCACCUGUCACCAUUGAAGUAAAACCUGAAAAAUUACCAACUGAUGAGCAAAAGAGACAGCUAGUGGGAUCAAGUGAAACAAUAAUGGAGACUCAAAAAAGUGACAUGCCUGAUGUGCCAUCUAUUAUGACCUUUAAAGAAUCAUCUGAAAAAUUGUCAAGUGAUGAAAUCAAGACACAGUUAGAGGGAACAAGUAAAACAUCCGAAGGAAUACUUGAGGACUCAGAAGAUAGUGACAAAGAACAUGAAACGCAACUUGUAAAACCAAAAAUGGAGACUCAAAAAAGUGAGACAUCUGAUUUACAAUCACCUGCCACCAUUGAAGUAAAACCUGAAAAAUUACCAACUGAUGAGCACAAGACACAGCAAGUGGGAUCAAGUGAAAAGACUCAAAAAAGUGAGACAUCUGAUUUACCAUCACUUGCCACCAUUGAAGUAAAACCUGAAGAAUUACCAACUGAUGAGCACAAGAGACAGCUAGCGGGAUCAAGUGAAACUAUAACAGAGAUUCAAAAAAGUGACAUGCCUGAUGUGCCAUCCACUAUGAGCCUUGAAGGAACAUCUGAAGAACUGUCAAGUGAAGCAUCUGAAGGAAUACUUGAGGACUCAGGAGAUAGUGAUAAAGAACAUGAAACACAACUUGUAAUACCAAAAAUGGUACAGGGACAUAUCCUGAAGGAAGCCGUAGGAGCUGCAGCUCCCCCUUUGUACACAGUGUAA